GUCCUCAAAGACACGGAAGAGUUUGAACCGCAGCUUUAUCUUUAUUUAAACCUUAAAUUUAAUCUGAUGUGUUCAGGUGUAAACUCAGGUUCAGUUGAGUGAAAACACCAACAGACUCAGACAUUUAGAACAAACUAAGAGUCAGAUCAGCAGAAACAGAGAACACGGACAUGUCUGCUGUAACUGCAUCACUCUGCUCCACACUGAUGUUUGUCCUGUUCGUCUCUGCAGACCAGAAAAUCAUCACAGCUGAGUCUGGACAGGACGUCACUCUGACAUGUCGAGCUCCAAACAACAACUUCAUAGUUGUAGAGUGGAACAGAGCUGACCUGGGAGAUAAACAUGUGUUUUUGUACCGGGAUGGACACUUUGUUCCAGAAGGCCAGCAUCCAUCUUUUAAGAACCGGGUGGAUCUGCAGGACAGACAGAUGAAGGAUGGAGACAUGUCUUUGAUUCUGAAGGAUGUGACGAUUAAUGACACUGGAACAUAUGAGUGUCGUGUUGCCCAAAAAGAAACAAACCAAGAGAGACCCAGAUUGAAGCUCAUCAACAGCACCUACCUUCAUGUUGAUCCUCCAGGUCACACAGGAGGACCUGUUGGACUGAUUGCUGGUCUGUCAGUUUCUGCUGUGCUUCUUGUUGUUGCUGUUGUUGGUUUCUUUAUCUACAGAAGAUGUAAACUGAAUCCUGCUGAUCCACAUGUAGCAGAGCGUCUUCAGCCUGAUUAGAUGAAAAACAUCCCAGCUGAGUCUGGACAGGACAUCACUCUGACAUGUCGAGCUGUAAAAAACAUGAGUCCCGUCACUGGAACUGUAAAUCUGAGUUUCUAUGAAGUGCUGCAGAUUGAGUUUUUUAACUGAAUGAUGCACUCAGAGUUUAUUUGUUUGUUCAUUAAUAACACAAAUGUUACAAAUGUUGAUUGUUUUCCUUCAUUCAGGUAUUUUAACACUAUUAUUUGUGAUUAAAAAGUGUAGCUGCUUGUUUUGUAUGUUUGGUCUUGUAUGUGUGUUUGUGUUUCCUGCUGCUCACACACAGGAUUAGAAAAGCCUGAAAACUCAGUGAUCACAGAGUCUGUGAGCUCCAAAUGUUUGCAUGUAGGACAGAGAACAAAGGUCAGUGUGUGAGUGUCUCUGUGUUUGAAUUAAUAAACUACUGGAUUAGUCUGAUCCUGUUAUCAUCCUCUGUUAUUUCAUCAAUGAGUCUCAGUCACUCAUCGUAAAUGACCUCAUUAAUAUUUUCCUUCAUAGACUGUUUCAUACGUGCAUAUUAUUCUGUUGUAGCUUGGACACAGCUAAUGUUUUUAUUUGGAAAGUAGAACGACCAGGUGUCAAGCAUCAGUCAAUGCAAACUGUACAGCAGCACGAGCUCCAACGUACAGAGAGGUUUGCUCAGUAGUUAAGAAAUGGGAAAAAGGCUGUUAAGGUGGAAUUCUAAGUUGCAAAUAGUUCCCUUCACCUGGUUGAUGAGGGAACAAAGUUGGUGUCAAAGUUUUUUGUGUAAAUGUGGACUUUGUUAUUUCACGGAGCAUAAAGCUGCUGACGGCUACUGAGUGUAACGGUUAAGUUUUCACCCACUAGAGGGCGCUCACGCACCUCGGUAAAUUUGUCAUGUUUGGUCAGCGAUGCAAAGGUUUACAAGAUUCACUGUUAUAUGUUAUUUAAGGUCAAAGACAAUCGUAGUAUGGUGUAUUUUAUCUCCGGGUAUAGAAAAGGUAAGAGGCUAAAUGUUAGAAGGGUUGAAUAAAUAUACACUGCAAAAGCACUCGAUGUUCAAGGGCCUUAAAGGUGUAAUUAUUUAAAGUAAUUCAUUUAUGAUUAAUAAGGAAAAAGGUUAAAACUAACACAAUGUUUCAGUUAUGAAUGGUAAUUUUUUUCUGUACGUUUUGUAGCUUUUACUGUGUGAUCACAUACACGGCUGUUCAGUAAAAGGAUUGUGAACCAUCAGUUUGGAGACCAUCUUUUCAUCCUGGGAUGCUGUGCUCGUUUCUUCACUUUAAAUUAUUCCUUUUUAAUUUGUGCCAUUGGCAGAGACGAUAAAUCAUGUGACCUUCAUCAUAUCACAUGUCACCACAGAUUUAAAUGUAGGUUUGAUGUCUCUGUGUGUUUGUUAUUUACACUGUGGAUUUUUGUCAUAUACUGAGGUUUGAAACAU